AUGGUACACCGCUCCCUCACAACAUGGAGGAACGCUUCCCGGCGGGCCACCCCCGGAAUGGGACUAGCGUGCAAUGCAUCACGGCUGAUCCCUCGUGGACGAAUUUUCGCAGGCCCGGUUCUGCGCCGACAUGGGCUGAAGAUGGCCCCUAGCUUACGGGAUCUGAUUGAUUUUCUCCUCGCAGAGAUUGCCCUCUGCGGCGAUCAGGGUGCUGCGCCCACUGACAUCCUCACCUUCAUCGACACCUUCUAUGCCAAGGCCGCCCAAGAUGCAUCCGCCCGCACCCACGCCGUCGACCGGCGCUUUCAGGAAAAGGUCUGGGCAUGGCUGAUGAAAAACCCCGAGGUCUCUGUCGGGAAAGACCGCGAGGGCAAUCACUUGAGUCUGCGGGAUGCCGAGCGGCCUCCAGUCCGUCACCCCGACGAGACGGACUCCCCGGGUCCAGAUGCCCCGGACUCCACCCGCGUCUUUGUGUCCAAAGAGCGAACCUGGCUCGCGGUCACCGGCCAUGAGCCCGACGAAACCAAGGUCUUGCCGACCGAAUUUGCCCUGCUGUCCAUCAUCGCGUCGCGAAAGCACAGUGGCAUUGUCCAGACCGAGCUGGUCAAGGCUAGUGGCCAGGACAAACGCUCCGUCCCGAAGCGGACGGACCUGCUGCAUAAAAAGGGCUACAUCGAGAAACGUGCGAUCCAAGUCAAGUCGGCGCGCACCAGUCUGUGCACACUCAGGAAGUUCCUGACCCCGGAGCAAGCCCGCAAAGACACCCAGGCUGGCCAGGGUACCGAAUCGACCACGGACCAUGAGCGGAUGAUCGAUUUCAGGGCAUUCAACGAUUCUCUGUUUAGCAUUCUCCGCGAGUACCAAAUCAUCUCCCGCAAUGACCUGAAGGAGAAGCUGGGAUUCGCCGAUCCGUGGCGAUGGAGGAUCCUGUCCCGGGCGCUGCGGAAGUUCGAGCGCAUCGGGGUGCUCCAGCGGGUGCGAGCAUUGUCGCAGUAUGCGGAUACCUUGAAGAAAUUCCACCCCUGCGUGAUGCUCCUGCGGGACCCCACCGACAAAGACUUCGACCUGUUUAAUGAAUUCAGCCGCGGCAUCCUGUCCAAUCUGGAGCAGGAGGACAACGUCGACGCGGACGAGGAGCUGGAGCUGCAGCGCGAUGGGUCGGACGGCGAUGCGGUCGGCCUGGUCCAGCGCGAGGCGGUGGCUGGCGGUGGCCGAACCCUCCCUUGCUGGAGCCCCGACAAGAACAUCCACAACAUGAUCUUCGAGACCGUCAGUCAGGCCGGGGUCAAUGGCAUCACAAACCAGGGGAUCAUCCGGGCCUGUUUUGGCGGCUACUUCAGACGACCGUUGGAAAACGCGGUGAGCCGGCUUGUAGAAUGCUGGCAACUGUCCCAGCCUCUCCACCUCCGCCAUCUGGCCAUUGUCAGAGACACGGCCCUUCAGCGCACCAUCACGCACUACGUCCAUUAUACGGCAACGAACUUCAAGAACCUGGUCGACGCCGGCGAAGCCAUGUGGGAGGCGGUCGAGUUCGCCCCGAGGGGUCCCAAGUCGAACAAUCUCCAGAUCCCGCCGGUUGAUGCCACCCCGGAACUGGACGAAUACGGGCUUCCCCUUACGUCGCCUGCGAAAGAAGUCCUGAACCGCGGAAACGCCACUCUUCUGGAGUGCAUAUCGGUGGUCAAGCCGCCAAGUUAUAUCUACUCAAGCAGCGACGCUGUGGCGGUGCGACAAGAGAAUGGCACCUACACGAUUCACCAUCGCAUCCGCGGCUCUGGCGACAGUUCCGCGCGCCCCCAGGCGACGCCAGUCAGGGUGAAGCUAGAACGCCGGGAUGGCUCGGAUAUCGAAAUGGACGGCGGGUCAGAGGUCAGACCGAAGGGGCGCCCGAGGAAGAUACGCGCGAAUAGUGAGGCAUUCAAGGGGAUGACCGAGAAAGAGAGGCUCGAGGCUCUUGGGCUGGAUGAAACCUGGACGGAGUAUAGCGCGUUGCUUCUAGAGCGCUCCGGCCCAGGCGUGUUAGUUACCCCCCGUGGGCGGCGGCGGCCGGCGGGCAAAAGACAGGGCCGUCCACGCAUUAGCCGGAUUGCAGUGUUCAGGUCGCCGAAGCUGGCAUCUCUUCCUUGGUUCCAGGAGGAUGCACCUGAUGCGGAUGAAGACCUGACUAUUCUGUCGAGAAGAACCCCUCUACCGCGCGCCGCACAGUCUUUCCUCACCCCGGUAGCUGUUGAAGACAUUGUCACGCCUUCCGCUGUCUCCGCUGUCUCCGCUGUCUCCGCUGUCUCACUGGAGCAUUCUGUUAUAGCACCCAAGAGGAGCGCACGGCAUCUUGGCUCGGAUACAGAGCCUGGGCCCCGUUCUGGGAGAGCUUCAAAGCGACGCCACAUCAAUUCACCCGAUGAAGCCCUGUUGGCCGCCUCUACGGCUGAAGGACCAGGAGAAAUUGAGCCCGAAACCAUUCAGGUCUCGCCUUCGAAGCGACCAAAGCGUAAAAGAGCUGUAUCGCCAGAACUCCAAAAUCAAAGCGUCACCCAAACAGACCGCCCAUCGACUCACGCUUCACCACAGGUCAGCACUCAACCGACCCCACUCAGUCCAGGACCCAGUAUCGAGACACCGUCCAAACGAACCCGUUCCCAACGAGCCUUAAGUGGACGGGGCACAUCACCUGGUCCAACUUUCACCGAAGCGGUUGCCGGCGCAGUGCAGCCUGUUCCACCGGACGUACCAGAGCCUUCCGAUGAGCCUGUUGCGACAAAGACAGACGAGCUUCCCGACGCACCACCCGCAGUCAAUGCUUCCGAUGUUGCCGUGGAAGAUACUAUGGCCCAGAACCCCAGUCUGGCCGAGGAUCAACCGGCUGCCUCUGAGCCUGCGCCUGAGACGAAAGCCGAAACCGCUCAAGAAACACCCGAAGAUCCAAAGGGAAGGCGACGCAAGGUUUGGACAGAAAAGGGCGGCUCGGUUGCGGUCCUGCGCAGGUCAAUUGUCAUGGAGAUCCUGGAGAAGGGCGGGGGUGCUUAUCCUAUGGGCACGGAACUUUGGUACCCGUUCGUGACAGCAUGGCAGAAGACGAGAUACAAAGAAACACCGGAUCUGCGCACCAUCAAAACGGUCGUGAAAACCAUGAUUGAUUCUGGGAGGCUUCGCCAGUUGACCUUCAGUGGUAGGGACAGUAAGGGCAUCAUGGUGACUAAGAACAUCGUGUGCAAGGUUGACCUGCAGCCUAAUGAUCCUCUGAUCGAGGACAUGCAGAAGAAAAUGCUGGCUGCAGAUCGAUACUACUUCCCACCCAAUGUUGAAAUUGAUGGGGAGAUCACUAAGAGCAGCCAUCACCGGGGCGGCUCACGUAGGGAGAUGAAGCAGGUGUCCCAGCUGCCGGUUAAAGAUGACCUGACAGUCCAACUGCAUCAGAAACCAGCGGCAGUGCUGGCGAUGGAGAAGCGACGAAAGAACACCUUGCGGGGUGAGCUGCUGCAGCGGCUGAGCAUGGGAGGUGAAUUUGGAGACAUGGACCGAUCGGAUAUUGUCCGACUCAUGACGAUCCGUCGUCGCCCGGCACAGAAGGGCUCGCGUGGCUUGACCUCGAUCUCGCGACCAGGCCGUGAGCAUAGGCACAGUCAAAGACGGCGGACAGAGGCCGGGCUGGCAUCUAUCCGCAAAAUGAGGCGACUCUGGUCCUCCAUCGCACCCUACACGAUGCUGAUGAAUACCAAGUCGACCUUCCUCCCGACAACGGGAACCUUCGCGACGGAAGCUGGCAUUCCGGCCCUGCAGGCUGCUAAGGAACGCGCGAAGGCGGCCGCGAAGAAGAGGGUUCUUCAAUCCGCACCCGAGUUGCCGCACUCUCUCGAUGAUCUGUUCAGUCAAACGCGGAGGCGAACAAUGGACUACUCGGGCACCUCCGACCCGCGAUCGCGCAAAUUCUUCCGUGACAAUGAUGUUAUUCUCAAGUGGGAACUGGGCAACGAAGACCUGCUUCGUCGGAAGACGGAUGACCUGUUGUAUAUCAACCAGACAGUCCAGGACAUGGAGACCCCUGGCAUCGAGGGGAACAUCCGUUUCGAUGUCGACGAGAGGACAGGCCGAGUGGCUAUCCCGCGGGCUCCCAUGACGACGCGGCAGAAAGCGCGCCUGGAGGCUCAAACUGCUGGACAACGGCGACGACGAUCCGAGGCUGCUGUGGAGCCAAAGCACCGCCGUCUUGCCAAACUCAACGAGAGCCUCGCGGGCGACAGCAGGUCUCCAGCUUCGCAGCCCAAUCCACGUCAGCAGCCUAUCCGCCGGACCCGGACUGUGGCGCAAAUGCCGCACACCCUGGUUCGACGUAUCAUGGUUGCCAUUGUGGCGGUACGCAGUCUAGCAGGUGGCACUGAUGCCCGGCUGGUUGAUUGGCCCCUUGUAUCUUACUGCUUUCCCGACCAGGACCCAGCCAUAAUCAUUGAAAGGGCCCGGGCCAUCCUGAGCAAGUACCGGCUGCAGAUCACGAAGAUGCAGAGCGAUUUCCAGGAGAGCUUCAUCGACGCUUACGCCAAUGACCAAGUUCCGCCUAUCGACUACGACAACCUGGAAGGCUACGACUGGGAAGGAGUGAUCGAUUGGGCCACUACACAGCUGGAUGUGCCCAAAUCCGAAAAGCUUCCAGACCUGCCUGCGACGCGAGAGCAGUUCGACAGCGUCUUCGAGCUCCGCGAGGAACCCCUAGUCUCGCUGGACGACCUCUACCAGAGCACCCAGUCGAUAACCGUGAGCCGCAAGCGCAACCUAUUUGCCAGUGUCCCGUUUGCAGCGCCCUUGUCCAACAAACCCCAGACUCCACCACGACGGUUCGAGCUGUCACGUCUCGACGUCGCCAAGACAUGGGUGCGGGCCAACGUCGUGACUCCCGAGGAGACAUAUCGACCAGCAGACGCGCGCGAGGCCCUGGAACGUUUCGGAGACCAUAUCGUACACCAGGCCUUACAAUCCCUCGUGACAGACCGGGCAGUCUCCAUGGGCAACCGAGGCCGCAUCACCCCAGGCCGGAACUACGACGUAACCGACCACUUCCUCAUGACACUCGGCCGACGACGCGCAAUCGAAAGCACCGAACUACGACGAUCGCAGCGCUUCAAGACCGAGAUCCUCGACCCGGCCCUCCGCAAACAAGGCCAGUUCGACAUCGACUACAACGCCGAAGACGGCGACAUGCUCGUGGUGAUCAACCUCUUCGCCGCUGGCCGUGUCAUCCUGCAACCCCGAGACGCCCCGCGCGACAAAUACGGCCUGACAGACGGCGGAUACCUCACCCGCCAGAUCGACAAGGACAAGCUGCGGUUUCCUGUUGAGGUGCGCCCCGCCAAGUCCUACGUCUACGGGAACCCGAUCCAGGAGAAAAUAAACAGUCUGGCCCCGCCGCGGCCCCCGCAGGCCCUCGAUCCGGUCACGUUUUUCCCGGCUAAGAUACCGUUAUGGUACGAUAUCCAUGGGGACUUUGUCCCCUUGUUGUGGAAUCUGGCUGUGGCGGCGGUGGUCGGCUGCGUGGCUACCCGUCCGGGUAUUAGUUCGUGCGAUAUCGCGGGAAUGAUUAAGCCGACCAUGGGCGGCUGGGAGGUCCAGUUGCUGUUGCAGUGGAUGGAGGGCGUGGGUGUCGUUCGCAUGGAGGGUAAGGGGGCUGGGGCUGGGGCUGGAGAAGACCAGCCGGGUUGGGUGGUGCAGGAGUGGUGGUGGAUGGUGAUUUCGUGAUCUAUCAUUGUUUUGGCGACGAUGAGGUAUUGAUAUAGUUAUCAUUGUUCGUUGGUUUGGCUAAAAGCACACACACACACACACACACUCUCUCUCUCUCUCUCUCUCUCUCUGGCUCUGCUUGAUCUAUUGGGUUUCUUGUACUUGCUCGGACCUGUCUGUAAACUCCCGACACAGACAGAUAGAUAGGCAUAGCUCCC